AUGUCUUUGUCCGGUCAAGCGGUUGCUGGGAUCGUGGUCGGCGUUGUCGCUUUGUUGAUCCUGCUUCUUCUCUACUGGAGCUGUAGGUGCCCGUCGGAACGUACAAGAACGCCUCAACAUCGUAGAAAUACAUCGCGUGGUGGGCAGGCUCAGAAUAAGCAGAAAAAUUCUCUAUCUCUGCCUCGUCGUAAAGAUGAAUUGCAUGGUGGACAGGCUCAGAAUGGGCAGCAGAAUGCUCCACCUCUGCCUCAUCGUAAAGAUGAAUUGCAAGGUGGACAGUCUCAGAAUGGGCACCAGAGUGCUCCACCUCCGCCUCCUAGUAAAGAUGAAUUGCAAGGUGGGCAGGCUCAGAACGGCCAGCAGAGUGCCCCACCUCCACCUUGUCUUAAUGAUGAAUUGCAUGGUGGACAGGCUCAGAGUGGGCAGCAGAAUGCUCCAGCUCCGCCUUGUCGUAAGGAUGAAUUGCAAGGUGGACAGGCUCAGAACGGUCUGCAAAAUACUCCACCUCCGCCUCGUUGUGAAGGUGAACAGGCUCAGAACGGGCAGCAAAAUGCUCCACCUCCGCCUCGUCAUAAAGACAUAUUGCAAGGUGGACAGGCUCAGGAUGGGCAGCAGAAUGCUCCGUCUCCCCCUCAUCGUAAAGAUGAAUUGCACGGUGGACAGGCUCAGAAUGGCCAGCAAAAUGCUCCACCUUCGCCUCAUUGUGAAGAUGAAUUGCACAGUGGACAGGCUCAGAAUGGGCAGCAGAAUGCUCCACCACCUUCUGAUCAUGGUUUUGAAAUACCGCCGCAUCCUCCUUGCCCUCCUCCGGGACCAUUUGUUCCCUAUCAUCCAUUUCCACCACCUCACCCCCCACCCCCUCCUCCUCCACCGCCACCGCCACCGCCACCUGCCUUCUUUAGCAACAAUGGAGGAAUAGGGUCCAGCUAUUCAGGUCCUGAUAAUUCUUUACCUCCUCCACCUCCUGGAAUUUCCCUUGGUUUCUCGCAAAGUACCUUUACUUAUCAAGAGCUAGCAAGGGCAACAGAUGGGUUCUCUGUUGCUAAUCUGCUCGGGGAGGGUGGUUUUGGCUAUGUGCAUAGAGGAGUGCUUCCAAAUGGUAAAAAGAUUGCGGUCAAGCAAUUGAAAUCUGUAGGUGUGCAGAAGAAGCGCGAGUUUCAGGCAGAGGUUGAGAUUAUUAGUCGUGUGCAUCACAGACAUUUGGUCUCAUUGGUUGGAUAUUGCAUUUCUGAAGAACGGAGACUGCUUGUCUGUGAGUUUGUUCCAAACGGCACAUUGCAUUUCCAUUUGCACGGGGAAGGUCGACCAACUAUGGAUUGGCCUACGAGAUCAAAAAUUGCUUUAGGAUCUGCUAAAGGAUUAGCCUAUUUGCAUGAGGAUUGUAAUCCUAGGAUUAUUCAUCGUGAUAUUAAGCCGGCCAAUAUUCUUCUUGAUUCCAACUUUGAGGUGAAGAUUGCAGAUUUUGGACUUGCAAAAGUUGUACCUGAUAACAACACUCAUGUUUCAACCAGAAUCAUGGGUACUCUUGGGUAUUUGGCACCGGAGUAUUUACUUUUCAGGAGGCUAACAGAUAAAGCAGAUGUUUACGCCUUUGGGGUCAUGCUUCUGGAGUUGAUCACAGGAAGGCUGCCCGGUGGCAGCCACGCUUCCAGUUAUAGCUUGGCUGUUUUGGCAAGGCCGUCGCUCACACAUGCUUUAGAGGAAGGCAAUUAUGAGCCUCUCGUCGAUCCAAGGUUGGGGAAUAAUUAUAAUCCUAGUGAGAUGAACCGGAUGGUCGCUUGUGCUGCUGCUUGUGUACAUAUUUCUGCAAAUCGUCGACCUCGAAUGAGUCAGGUGGUUCUAGUAUUGCAAGGACAUGUAUCCCUUGAAGAUUUGAACAAUGGUGUUCCCCCCGGCCAAAGUAGGAACUACGUCUCUCGCGGAAAUGAGGACCUGGAGAACUUAAGAAGAAGGGCGUUAGGGCCGUUUAGUUAACAUUCGCACAUGCCAUUGGUAUCAAGCUAAAGGUCAGGACACGAGUGAGACGGAGAUGCAUAACACGAACAAUUUCGUUUAAAUUGAUCUCUCUCUCUCUCUCUCUCUCUCUCUCUCUCUCUCUCUCUGUUAGUGUGUGUGUGUUUUGCAGCAAUAUGAAACUUUUUCUAGUGUUUAAUUGCAAAAUUUUCCCCCGUCUGUUGUAGCAA